AAAGACGUGGGGGGAGGCCUGAGGGUGCGGAGAGGAGGGCUGGAGGUCCCUUUGCCUGCUGCAUUGCUAUGCCUGGCUCAGAAGCUGCAGCCUCUCGCCAUGGGCCUGCCCUGGUGGCUGCUUGGGCAGCUCUUGGCCACCACAGUAUUUCAGCUCCUGCUCCGCAGCGCUGCAGUCCCUUUCCCCACCUUGGCGCCCCCACUUACCAUGGUUGUGAAUGGCGAGAGGAAGACCCUGGUGGUCUGUGUGGUGAGCGAUCUCUCCCAGGACACUGCAAACGCCAUUUGGUUUUCGAAUGAGAAUGGGAGUGUCCUGGACUCCUUCACCUACGGCGUGUCCAGGGAGGAAGACGGCACGUUCAGCACAGUCUCUCACCUCUCCGUCAACACCACAGAUCUGGAGUCCUGGGAAUCUCUCGCCUGUCACGUGAGGCAGAACAGAACCACCCAGGUGUGGAGUGCCAGGUCCCUGCCAAUCUCUGAAGACCACCUGGAAGAGCCGUGUCUGGAUGAAGACCAAAGUGCUCAGCCUGACUAUUCACAAACCCUGCUGCUCUUGGCCAUCCGUGUGCUAUUGCUGAAGUUUCUUCUGUUUGACGUAUUGAUCACCUGCAGCUUCCUCUUCAAAGGGGGACGCCAAGCUCUGCCACUGAACUCUACAAAUAGUUCAUCUGCUCUGGAUUGGUUGGGCUAUGGAGAACCAGGCUCGCCUGUCAGCAUGGAGAGAGGACCAAGGCAAAGAAUGAGUCGGACAGAGCUAGUGACAGGAGCUAGCCAUCCCAUGGGUGGCAGAGAGAGAGCUUCUCACACCAUUUCCUUAAACCUUUCACCCUUCUGAGCUAGAGCAAAUCAACUGACCCACCAGAAGCUGUCCUCGCAGGAGGACUUGUGCAGUUUACAAGGUGUUGUGCUUGAUUUGCUCACCUCUCUACCUGCUACACUGAUGUCAGCCAAGACAGGAGCAGUGAUGAGCACGUACCAUGUGCAGAAUAGAUGGUUGCAAGCUGGACCGAAGCGUAGGACAGAAGACAACAAACCUAGGCUAAUGGUGUACCAAGGCGAGUGGGCUCAGUUUUCCCUCUUGGUCAGAAGUUUUCCUUUUUAUAUUUGUUUUUUAUUGAUGUCUUAACGGGAUAAACGGCACAGUUUACAGAGGAACAUGGCGCUCAUAAGCUGCAGCAAUGUACUAGUAAUACUGAUACAGGGCUCAUCUCCAGAGCUCCACUUGCAAACGCCAGGAAACACCUUGCUGGUAAAGAAAACCCUUUUUGGGGCAAAGAGAGCAGUUUGUUCUCAGAGUCAGCAUGUAGGAAAACUCGCUGGAAAAGUCCUUUGGCUUUUUGGAUAUAAACAAAAAAACAAAAACACUGACUUUUGAAUUUUUUUUAAACAGACAAAACUAUUGGUUUCAUUCAGCAAACAGUUCUAGACCCUCCCAAACAUGCAUUUUGUGGAGAAACAAUACAUUGGGGAAAAAAGUCCCCAGUUCUACUGUUCACACAAAUAAAAUCCAAUCAUUGCAAAAAUCAUGUACAGUCUGAAACGCUCUCAAUCCAUGUGUAGUUGUUUCUCUCUAGAUUAAUAACCUCUUCCUGCACAGCUUAUUUUUUUGUAUCCAAAUGCAUCUGCUCCAGUUGCAACAGGUGAGAGAGAAGCUCAAAGGCUCCCUCUUCUCAGGUUUUUAUAAGGGAAAUCAGAAGUAGGGAAAACCCUUUGGAGGCCCAAGGAAUCUAUCCUGCCUUUUGCACAGGAAUCUGCUUCUUUUGCGAAUGAGGAGAAGGAAAAGCCCAACCUAUUUCAUAAACAAUUAUAAUACAGGCAGUCCUCAGGUUACAUGGAUCCGACUUACAUCAGAUCCCUACUU